UAAAGGCCUGCAGGCCCAUUCACCUGCCAACAAAACUGGCCAGCGGCUUAUUUCACCACAUAAAUCCACAUUGGUGGGAGUGGUGAAAACUAUCCCACCCGCUCACCCAGUUACCCAGACAGAAGAUGACACCCGCUCGCGCGCUAUAAUUAAAGCAACCCG